AUGUCAAAACUGGCAGUCACACUGCUCCUGCUCGGCACCUUGGCCGUGUUGUGGCAACAGACUGAGGCGAAACCAUUUUUUUUGCUGCCGUCAAAUUUCUUUGUCUUAACGACCAGAGCUCCAACUACCGGCACAAGCUCCUCGUCUUCCUCGUCGUUCUCUUCCUCUUCAGCAUCCGGUGGCCUAUUUCAAUUACCCGCUAGCAUUAUAAGUCGCAAACUGAGUUUCAUCACUAGUCUACUUUCCGGAUUUGGUGGCGGCGCUGGUGCCAGUGGCAGCAUCGGUGGCGGUUUCGGAUUCGGCUUCAAAUUCAAAGGAGGCGCCACUACUAGCAGACCCACAACCACAACGAGACGAACAACGGAAACGUAUAAUAGCUUUACAUCGGAGGUAACUACAAAGGCGCCGGUAACGACUACUCGCGCUACUACCACCACCAGCACCACCACCACGGAAAAAGCACCAAUAGUAACAAGCACAGAAAAAUCAGUUUUAAGCACAACAAUCGGGGCAGCUGUAGGCACUACUAUUGGCGGCAAUGUUGGCAGCACUACUGGCGCCACUAUUGGCGGCAAUAUUGGCAGUAAUACUGGCACCACUACUGGGACCACUUUUGGCGGCAAUACUGACACCACUUUUGGCGCCACUAUUGGCACUACUGCUGGCACUCCUGUUGGCACCACUGUUGGCACUACUGCUAUCGCUGUUCAGCCCACAGUACUCGCUCAAGCGCCCGCGUUUGUAACUACAACUAAAAAUGAUUUUGCAGUCUCUACAACGGGGAUAUCCACAUUCGAGACAUCCACAUCGGAGAUUGUGUCUACGACGGAGAAAUCUACAUCAUUGAUAUCCACAACGCAGGAUACAGAAAGCGAAAUCGCGAUAAGCACUGGCAUUCCGAGUAGCAGUUUUGAAGUGCUUGCCGUUGGCGGUAAAGAAGAUGGCGCGAAAGCGCAGACUGCAACCAGUGCCGUUAUUAGUAGUGAUGGUGUCGGACUACGUUCAGGCUUUGGGGGAAGUGUGGAGUUCAGCAAUGGUGACCAAACAACACAAGUGAGCAGCGGCUUCAGUAUUGGUGGUUAUGGUUAUGAAAGACCGCGCCCGGAUGCUGAGAAUGAGAUUUUGAGUGGAAAUUUAAGCAAAAUGUACCUGCCGGUGCAGUAA